CCUUCGUGUCUAAGGAAGAAAAAGCAGCUCCAACGAAACAGAGAGAAAGAAAGAGAGAGUAUGAAUCGAGCAGAAGUUGAGAUGAUGCUACGCUCUCAGUACUGCUUGGGCCCACAAACCCAAAUGCCACAAGGAGAGACGAGGCGGAGGCGGAGGAGGAAGUAUGCGAAAGAAGAAGGAGCGGCGAUGGCAGCAGGGCCUAAAAAGAGGAAGCUGAGUGCUGAGCAGGUGAGCUUGUUGGAGAUAAAUUUCGGGAACGAGACGAAGCUGGAAGCAGCGAGGAAGGACCGCCUCGCUACUGAGCUGGGGCUCGACCCUCGGCAGGUAGCGGUCUGGUUCCAGAACCGGAGGGUGCGCUGGAAGAGCAAGCAGCUCGAAGAGCAGUACUUGAGGCUGAAGACAGUUCAUGAAGCCAUCGUGGUCGAGAAAUGCAAGCUCCAAGACGAGGUAUUGAAGCUGCAGGAGCAGCUCUCAGCAGCUGAGAGAGAGAUAAGGAAGCUUUCGGAGCGCUGCGACGGAGUGUCGGAGGGAGAAAGAAGCUGCAGCCCAAGCUCUUCAUUGUCGAUGGAUGCACACCAGCCUUUCCUUGGAGAUUUUGGAGAUGAUUUCUUGUAUAUACCUGAAAGCACCUACUGUUAUAUCAACGGCUUGGAUCAAUGGAUAGACUUGUACGGUCCAUGAUCAUCACGUGACUUAUUAUGUAAAUACCAUCCAUGUGUAUUACUGAUGCCAUUUCUAACUAUAACUAGAUUUUGCUUAUUUUGCCUGUAA